AAGGUGGAAGACGAUGAAACCUCAUCAUCAGGAAGCUCGUCCAUCAGCGACGGUGACUCCGAAGAAGAACAUGUCUCCAAAGAUACAGAAGCAAACAACGAAGUGGGUCUAAAAGGCCAGGAUACGGAGGGCUCAACUUCACCAGGAGAAAAUCAAGACUCCUCCACAAAGCCAAUUAGGGGUCACUCUUCGGACCUAAAAUCUCGACUAGAUGCAUUUCUUCCAAGGCUAGAGAGAGCCAAUGCCGAGCUAGACAAAACGGAUGACAUUGACCAACGAAGGAUCGACCAUGUCCCCGAGGACGCGGAGCAUUACAUCGAGAUGAACCUGGGAUUGGGGGUCUUGAGUGAAGAGAAAGACGGCGAUGAGCGCGGGGACCUCAAGUUCCGCGAGUCCAGCUCCGAGGAUGAGGAUGAAAAUGGAGAUUCUGACCCCUCGACAGUACAGCCGAUAUGGAAAACAGGUUCUGGGCAAGAUAUAUUGUCCCAACUAAAAGGAGGUAAAAUGCAGCACAGCCAAAAGCGGAAAAUCGAGGAGCUGGAC